CACAUAUUAAGAAUCUCAACAUGGAACCCCCAGCGAAAAAACCGCGAAAGUUGCUGGAUGAAGACAGCUCCAGCGAUUCGGAGAGUGAGGCCGGUGGAGUGCCCAUUGGCAACAAGGAUAUCGACACCGGCUUUAAAAUCAACGAGGAGUACGCUCGUCGUUUCGAAUACAACAAGAAACGAGAAGAAAAGCAGCAGUUGGAGGCGAAGCUAGGGAAACAUUCUUUAGGAAAGCGACGCACGCGCGACGGCGAAGACGAGGAGACUGGCAGCUCAGAUGAGUCAUCCUCUGAUGAGGAUGAGGACGAAAAUGGGGAACUUGUUACUGAAGCACUUGAUGCGGAAAUUCAAGCUACUUUACAAGCAAUCCGCUCCAAAGACCCCCGUGUAUACGACCAAAAUACAACGUUCUACUCAAAGUUCGAUGAGGAUGCAGAAAUAGGGGAUGAUAAGAAGAAAGAAAAGCCUAUGUUUUUGCGGGACUACCACCGUGAGAACCUACUGAAGGGUGUCGAUCCGGCAGAGGAGGAUGCCCAGCAAGCUCCUAAGACUUUCGCCGAGGAACAGGAGAAUCUAAAGAAGAAUGUUGUUAGUGCCAUGCAUGCUGCGGCAGAUGAAGAUGAGGAUGAUGACGAUGGGUUCCUUAUCCGCAAAUCUACGACAGAACCGGCCCCAGGACCAAAGGCCGACGUCAAAUUGGAUGUUGAGAACGCUGAUAAAGAUCCUGAAAAUUUUCUUUCAAAUUUCAUGUCGUCGAGGGCAUGGGUCAUUUCAGAGCGGAGUGAUCUCCGACCUUUCGAAUCUGAUGACGAGGAGGAAGAGGAGAGGGCAGAAGCUUUUGAGGAGGCUUACAAUUUCCGCUUCGAAGAUCCUAACAAGGUCAAUGAGAAGCUGGUAACCCACUCCCGUGACGCCACCAACAAAUUCUCCGUGCGCCGAGAGGAGAUGAGUAGCAGAAAGAAACAGAGAGAGGCGGAGCGCUUGAGGAAGGAAGAAGAAAAGAAACAGCGAGAGCUUGAGAAGAAUCGCCUUCGUAAACUGAAGGUCGAAGAAUUACAAGAUAAAGUCAAACAGAUCAAAGAAGUUGCUGGUCUUCGGGCAUCCUCGUUCACGGACGAGGACUGGGCUCAAUUCCUUGACGACGCGUGGGACGACCAAAAAUGGGAAGCGGAGAUGCAGAAACGCUUUGGCGAGGAGUACUAUGCAGAAGAAGAGGUCGGUGAGAGCGGUGAUGAAGGCGAGGGCAAACGUAAACGGCCCAAAAAACCCAAAUGGGACGAUGACAUCGACAUCACGGAUUUAGUUCCCGACUUUGAUGAGGAGGAGAAGCCCGAGAUUAGCCUGUCUGACGAUGAAGUGGACAAGGAAGAAGAGGCAGAUGGUGAUGAUGCUACGGCUGGGUCCAAGGCGAAGAAGAAGAGCAAGGGUCAAGAGAAGAGGGAUCAAAAGCGUGAGGCUCGCAAAGAACGACUUCGCAUUGAAGAAGCGGUCGAUCGCAACCUUGACCUUGACAUCCACCUCCUCCCGGGCGCGACAAAGAAGAAUUCAACGCAGUUCCGCUACCGUGAGACGUCGCCGCAGAGCUUCGGUCUCACGGCGCGGGACAUUCUCAUGGCGGACGAUUCACAGCUCAACCAGUUUGCUGGAUUGAAGAAGUUGGCAUCGUUCCGUGACCCUGAGAAGAAACGGCGCGAUCAGAAGAAAUUGGGCAAGAAAGCGCGACUCCGGAAAUGGCGCCAAGACACCUUUGGAAGAGAGGAUGCACCAGAUUUCUCUUGGGGCGAGAAGCGCUCUGCAACGGAGCGCGGCGAUGAGACUGAGACCAAGGUUGAUAUCCGGGAAGGAGAGCCGAAGAGGAAGAAGAGAAAGCGGUCCAAGAAGCACUGAAUGGUUGAUUUUCUUUGCUAGUGAUGUGCCUGUAAAGUGUUCUUGUAUAGACAACCUGUAAUGUGACUGUUUGCAUUUCUAAUGCCAUACAUAUAUGCUUUUUAUUCUACGAUAGAAUUUCAUUUUGCUAUUCCGCUGCUGUUUUUGGC